AUGCCGCAAGGCCACCACCUCCUCAUUAAUCAGACGGAUACGGUAAUUCACUGUCGAUGCUCCAGGUGCUUUUCUUUCCCUUCAAAGCGAAGGGUAAGAAAACGGCCCCGAGUCCUGACGUUGCUGAGUCUGCCGGAAGAUGUUCUGUUCCAUGUUCUGAAACUUGUGCUGAAGGGCUUUCGUGCUGAGGACAUCCUCUCAGUCAGAGCCGUACACUCGCAUCUCAGAUACCUUGUGGAUAAUCAUGCUAGUGUUUGGGCCUGUGCGAGCUUCCAAGAAAUAUGGCCUUCUCCCAACAAUCUGAAGAUGUUUGAAAGGGCUGCUGAAAAGGGUAACUUUGAAGCUGCUGUGAAGCUGGGCAUAGCAUACUUGUACAACGAAGGCUUGUCCAUCUCCGACGAGGGUCGCGCAGAAGUGAACGGGUUGAAGGCGUCGCAUUUCUUCAGCCUGACGGAGCGCCUGAACAUGCGCGCCGCCCCGUUCGUCUGGCUCUUCAUCCGUCCUCCCUGGUCCCUCAGUGGAAGCUGUUGCAAAGCUGUGGUCUAUGAAAGUCUCAAAGCAGAAUGUCAGCUGGAUAAGGUUCAAAAAGGAUCUAUCCUCCACUGCCUGGCUAAGGUCUUAAAUCUGUUUGAGGAUGAAGAAAAAAGAAAAGAAUCCCUUGAAAUGUUUGAAGAAUCUUCAAAGCAGGGUUGUUUAAACAGCUCCUACCUCCUUUGGGAAAGCAACAAAAAGGCUGCUAUGUCAGAUCCUGGCAGAUACCUGCAAAGCCUCAGGAAGCUAAGGGACUAUGCAGCAAAGGGCUGCUGGGAAGCACAGAUAGCUUUAGCUAAAGCUUGUGGGAAUGGAAACCAACCAGGAUUAGAAGCGAAAUCUUCCAAUGAACUGGUAUCCCAGAUCUUUCAAGCCUCCAUGCCUGUCAGCAAGCAAAGUAUCUUCACUGUGCAGAAAGGAAUGAAUGAAACAAUGAGGUACAUCCUGAUUGACUGGUUGGUAGAAGUGGCCACCAUGAAAGACUUCUCUAGCCUCUGCCUUCACAUGACAGUGGGAUGUGUGGACCGUUACUUGAAGCUGAGACCUGUACCCCGAGCUCGACUCCAGCUUCUGGGCAUUGCCUGCAUGGUUAUUUGCACACGUUUUGUUAGCAAAGAGAUCUUGACGAUACGGGAAGCCGUGUGGCUAACGGACAACACAUACAAAUAUGAAGACCUUGUCAGAAUGAUGGGCGAAAUCAUUUCUGCCCUAGAAGGAAAAAUAAGGAUGCCUACUGUCGUGGACUACGUAGAAGUGUUGUCACACAUAGUCUCUCUGGAGAGAAGAACCCUUCACCUGUGCAGCUUCAUCUGAGAGCUGUAAGGCCUCUGCGUGUACUCCCCGGCGCGCCUGGCUGCGGCGGCGCUGCUCCUGGCCAGGGUGCUGCACAAGCAGGCACAUCCCUGGACAAGCCAGCUGUCUGAGUGCACUGGUUUCUCUCUCGAAGACCUGCUGCCGUGUGUGCUAAGCCUCCACCAAAAAUGUUUCCACGAUGAUGUCCCAAAGGAUUAUAGGCAGGUGUCUCUAACAGCGGUGAAACAACGAUUUGAAGAUGAACGUUAUGAAGAAAUAGGUAAAGAAAAGAUGAUGAGCUACAGCCAGCUGUGUUCGUUAUUGGGUGUGAAGCAGGAGGACCCGGAGCCCAACCCCAUGCACACAAAUAUGGUGGAAAUUCAGACUUUCCUUAGUUCUCCCUCUGGAAAGAGAACUAAAAGGAGGAGGGAAGACAGCUUUCAGGAUGACAGAGGCAGCUUUGUGACUACACCAACAGCUGAGCUCUCCAACCAGGAAGAAAGUCUCCUAGACAACUUCCUAGACUGGAGCUUAGACUCCUGUUCUGGUUAUGAAGGGGAUCAGGAAAGCGAAGGCGAGAAAGAUGGAGAUGUGACAGCUCCCAGUGGUAUCUUGGAUGUGACCGUGGUCUAUGUGAAUCCAGCUGACCACUGCUGUCAAGACUCCAGUGACGAAGAUAACGCAGCCACAGGCUGGUGUGAGCACACGGUGCCACCGAGCGAGGCUCAGCUGUCCCAUGAGAGCUGUGUUCUUCCAGCAUAUCUCACCCCAAGAAAUCCUAACCUAGAAGGGAGCUCAGGCUACUCCUCUGUCAACAGCACCAGUCCUACAUCUUCUGUAGAAGGCAGCUUUGGAGUACCUCUCAGAACUACCUCAGCGCUGUCCCUUGGCAGUGCCACAAACAAGGGGCCGUGCCAGCCUCAUUACUUGAAAUCACAUUUACAGUCGGUCAGUGCUAGGCCCAACCAGGGCAAGUGCGACAGAAGACAAGUCAAGCGAAAAAACAUUGCAGAACACAGCGAAGAAAGGGUGAACUUGGGUCUCUGA